CAACGUCAGCCAGAAAAUUACUUUUUUCCUUUUGCUUCAUCUUGUCGUAGUUCGACGGAUUGAGUAAAAAUCCCCAAUGACGCAAGCUUAACGUAAGCAUUUGGUCUCGAAUACAACAGAUGGCGCCAUUGCUAAUUCAUGAAUGGCAAUAUCCUGAAUGGCUGAAAUGUCAUUCAAGAAAUAACCUAUCACGAGGAGAAACGGUUUCAGACGCUUGCCUGCAUCGAUUUGCAACCCUUUGCCUUGAGCACACAGCACGGAUUAAUGCCCUGUAAACGGAUAAAGAGAAGAUGCCCGAAGUGUAAGUGGUUCUGUAUAUUCUGCGGGUCUGUUGCUGGAAGCAAUUUGCAGAACGAUUCCAAGGUGAUCGUAGCAUCAACGUCCAACACUAAUUUUUCAGCAACCGCAGCAGACACUGGUUCAACCGUUGUGACUUCACCAUCUAGCACUCCCACCCAAGCCACCUACUAUCUUAUAUACCACAGUGGAUUUCAACUAAGUAUUCCACCGAAUACAGUGCCACCACCAUUUACACCUGCGCAUUUUACCAGUACGACCAACUCUGGCACAUCCCCUUCGUCGGGACAAGUUACACAGUCUGCAGUUGGCGGAGCUUAUAGUUUGCUUGCGAACACAUCAAUAACUGCUGCUGCAGCUGUAGGUACAAGAACAACAGCAGGAAAUACUUCAACAGCAACAACAACGAAGAAGGCGGCAACGAAUAAGUGAUGGGGUGAGUGCGUUUGAGGUAUCUGAAUAAAAUUAAGGACAGGAUUGCAGUGGAGCGCUGAAGAGAGCGACGAGCAAAACGUACUUUCAACUAAAAUGCUAAUAUACAUACCUAAGCACACAUGCAUGUA